GGUUUCAGUUGCGUUGUGAUUAAAUGGAUGUAUUUUGUAUUUCAAGUCGCAUUACAAUGAUAUUUAUAAGAGUUGAAUGCAUUAUUUUAAUGUUUUUAAUUUUAUAAUCUGUGUCCGUCUACCAUUUUCUUCAUAUAUUUUUUAAUAUAUCAACAUGAAAUAUUUUUAAAAAUGGCUACACAACUAUUUUUCGAGAGGAGAAUUAUUAUGGACGAGUGAAAUCUCAGCGAUGGAUUUGGACUUUUCGUUUACCUUGAGAACAUCAAUAAAGCCAACUGUUCAAAAGAAACUGACGACUAAUCCUGCAUCUGGACAGAGUAAGAGAAUCCUCUCUUCAACAAGGCGAAAACACUGUCAAGGUCUGUUUGUCAAUAAUGAUAUUGACACACAACCGACAGAAAGCAGAUCAGAAAAUUACGUCGCCGAUAAAAAAUCGACAACCCGGAAAAACCGAUCCAACAAUUUCAGCGUGGAAGUGAAGGAAAACCUGGAUCCAUCUGGCUUUGUUAUGAAUACGGACGACAAACUCCCAAAUCACCGACAAUCUUUGAGCAGCAAAUCCGAACUAGACUCAUCGGGUGAGAAAGAUUUCAUCGAGCUGGGAAAAGUUUCGCUCAGGAAACACCAACGAUCGCUCUACAAACGAAAUAUCAAGGAUGGGAAGUUGUUCUACAAGAAGAAGAACGUGCUCGCUAACUUUACUGAGUACAUUGAGAAGUCGUUUACGUCGAACAAUAAUUGUUCGGAUAGACAGCUGUCGGAUGAGGUGAUCGAGAACGGUUUGAGGGUUUCGGAGAGGCUUCAGAUCGAUAGGAGCGCCCUGAGUGCUCUCGAUGACGGGGAUGAUGACGAUAAUUUGUUUGGGAGUUCCAUGAAUUGUAGAGUGGAAAUGAAGAAUGGGUUGAAAUCGGGAUUGGAUAGGUCGCUAACUGAAGGCAACGAGUCGCUGAUAGUCUCUAGUCCUUCCUUGUUGAGUAGUAGUCUCCUCGGGUGUCGUCCGUUGUCAAAUGAGAAGAAACGACCGCGAGAUACCUUGGACGAUUCAAGUCCCUGUAACGGAUCCAAACACAAGAAACGAUCCUUAACCAUGAUUAGCAACAAAUCAUCUUCAUUCAAAACCAGUGGGACCAAUUCUUUUGAAAUCCUGAAAGCUAAAGUGAAGUCUAUCAUGAGUUCUAGUGGUUCAACCUGUGAGGAGGAUUCGUCUCUACUUAGUCCGAAAGUGACCUCUCCUAGUACCAGCUUUAUUGAUUGUAUAUCAGCGUCAGAUAGUGAUGAACAAGAUUGUUCUCAUAAUAAACUCGCCUCGAAACUUGAGAAUUCAGUAGACGAUAGAAGAAAAUCUUCUGUGAAGAACCUUAUCAAUGGUAUGAAUUGUUCAAAUUCAUCUGUGAGAAGAAAAUCGUUGAGAAAUAGGUGUAACGAUAUCGGACUCAAUGGUGAUGAUUCUACCAUAAAUUAUAAAUUUAAGUUUGACAUUAACGGCACAAACGGACACGAUCAUUCGAGAGAUGUUAGCUCACGUGACAAGGAUGAAAAUAAUCCGUCUUUUAGGAGGCAAAAUUUCGAUUUCUGCAAUGUCAAAUCGCGGAGAUCUUGCAGAAAUGUUGAUGAGAGCUGUACUUCAGUUGAUAUAUUUGACAAUUCAAGACUGUCAGAGGUCGUCAAUGAUCAGAUUUCUGAUAAAGUUGAAGACAAGUCAAAAUCAAGACGUAGGAGAAGAUCUGUUAGGAAAAAUUCUAGCAGAGAAGACGAUAAUGGAAUAUCAUUAGAAAAUUCAACGAAAGUUGAGAGAGAUCGUAGAAAUGGUGAUAUUUGGGUUGGAAAAUCAUUAGAAAAUUCUACAACAGUUGAAAAAGAUUGUAGAAAAGGUGAUGCUAGAAUAUCAUUAGAAAAUUCUACAACAGUUCGAAAAGAUCGUAGAAACGGUGAUAUUGGUGUUGGGAUAUCAUUGGAAAAUUCUAAAACAGUUGAAAAAGAUCGUAGGAUAGGUGAGGUUAGAAUAUCAUUAGAAAAUUCUUCAACAGUUGGAAAAGAUCGUAGGAAAGGUGAUAUUGGUGUUGGAAUAUCAUUAGAAAAUUCUACAACAUCCAAAAAAGAUCGUAGGAAAGAUGUUGCAACAUCGUUGCAAAACUCUAAAAAAGUGAGUAACGGGGUGGAAGAUUGUGGUAAAGUUAGAAUUAAGUCAGACAAAUCCAGAGAUUCUAUCAGUUCUCGUAUUGGAAGAACAAAAUAUGUAGAUUGUGUUAAUAGUAGUGGAUAUUUGCUAGGAUUCCGAGGAGUUAAUUCCGUGGAUUGUGUGAAUAAUAGGGGGAAUUUAUUGGGGGGCCGUUCGAGUAGUGACUCUGAAAAGAAAGUGACUGAUAAAUUAAGUGACGAUUCAUUGUUGAAGGAGAGUAAAAGUAAAACUUCAAGUAGUGACAGUUCAUUGUUGGAUAAAAAUAGAAGUAAAACUUCAAGUAGUGACAGUUCAUUGUUGGAUAAAAAUGGAAGUAAAACUUCAAGUGACCAUUUUACAAGACCCAAGACGCCAAGGCGAAAAUCCUUUAGACUUAGUGGUGUGAUUCACCUCAGGAAGGAUGAAAGCUGUGUUUCUAGAGAUAUGUUUGAGUCGGAUGUUGAAGACGAGAAACAAAAUUCGAGGUUGGAUGUUGAAGAAAUUGAAAUUAGAAAGUCGGAUCACGUUCAUAGAAGCAUCAGUGAAAGUGUGAAGCUUCGCAAGGACAGGACGAGCCUGAGUCCCGAGAAAAUUCGCUCAGGAAAACCUCCAAAGAAGGAAAAUCGCGAGGAAAAACCUCUGAAGAAGAAUGCAAAUUGCGAGGAGCAGAACAGUUCUAGUCCCAAUGUACACUACAACAUCAGUGAAAUCGUGAAAACUCGUAAGGACCGGAAAAGCUUGUCUCCCGUGAAAAGUCCUCCCUUCAAACCUGCGCGGAAAAGUCGUGAAAACCCCGACUGUGAUCCCGGCUAUGUGACACCGUCUCUUCCCAGGACGAAACUGCUGGAAAUCACUAAAUGGUUGACAGACUCGGAGAAGAGUAUUCGACAUCAUGGGCCCACUUCUUCUAAAACAAAGAUGGCGGAGCCUCCUCUGCUGGAGGAGGAGCCAAUAGUGGUUAGUGAUAGUUGUUCGGAGGAUGUGAAUGUUCUGAAAACUCCGCCCAAAACGAAAACUGAUAGACAUCGUGCGAAUAAAACUGCAACUGAUAAGGAGAAGACUAGGAACAGGACGAAGACUGAUAAAAGGUCGAAAAAAGGGAAAGAAGAGCCUCUGGACAAGGAUGAAGUACCAUUCAACGGAUUCGAGACAAUUUCUAGCAAAGAAAGCAAAGAGGAUGACGGCAAGCAAAGAACUGGUGUGGCCAAUAUUGCAAAUAUUGGAAUGUACACUGAGCCGAAAAAGACCAGGAAAAAGAAGACGGAGAUGGUUCAGCCGUCCUUCACUGAGAAGAAACCAACUAAGACAAGCAUGUUUUCGUCUUCUUCAUCCAGUGAAGACUUGUUUGAAAAGUUUCUAGAAGACGAGAAGAAGAAACGGCUGAGUAGACAAAAACGAUUGGAAAGAUUUGAAAAGCUUUCAGUGGACAGGUUCAUUUAUGAUGGGUCUUCGGAGGAAGAAGACACCAGUAUGGCUUUCUACAAUGAUUUCAUUGGCUCGGAGGUGAAAAAGGAUGUGGAGUGUCUGAGCGAAGGAAAAUGGUCGAUCAAAAGUGGUGAGAGCGACCGCCAUAGGGCAAGGAGUGGUGGAGUGGUUCACCCCCACCCCAGACGCCUCUCUUUCGAGAGUCAGGGAAGCCAGAGCGGAAGCGACCGAGCUGCUAUUAGAAAACCCAAAAAGCCGCACACCAAGCCCAAAAAACGAACCCCCGACAAAAUUUCCAAAAAGCACCUGCCCUUCCGCAUAUCGCCCAAACACUUUCUGGGUGGUAGCAAGACAAAGAAGAGCGCUAAGAAGGGGAACAGUGUGAAGAAGUCGCAUGAGGACAAGGUGAUUGAGCAGAUCAAGCGCAUCAACGAUAACAAGAAACUAGUGCCGACUACACCCAGUACAGACAGUACCAAAAGCAGCACGAAGAAAGUGAUCAAGAUACAGUUGACCUCUCAGAAACCAACCGGUGAUUCUGCCACACCGUCUUCUGCCAAACUUAGGAAGGAGCUGUUUUCGAAAACGCCGGCUAAAACCUUGUCUUUCCUCAGCUCUUUGUCAGUACUGGACGAUGGAGAUCGAUGCCAUCCGGAUGCAGCGCAGUACAAGAAGAGUUUCAAAAAAUUGAAAGAAGAACUGGCCAAAAAGUUGUUUGCACUUUACAAUCGAGAGGUUUUCCAAAAUAGGCUCCCUGAGGAUUUCCCGAUCGAAUGGAACAGUAGAAUGAGAAGUACGUCUGGCUAUUGCUUCAAUAAAAGAACAAUCAGAGGAGGUGAAAUAACUAGAUCUGCGCGUAUCCAGCUCUCUAGUAAGAUAUUGGACGCCCCGGACCGUCUGAGAGACACGUUAAUACACGAGAUGUGUCACGCUGCCACCUGGCUAUUGGAUGGAGUCAAGGAUGCACAUGGACCUACUUGGAAGAAUUGGACUUUGCAGGCUAUGCGUCGGUUUCCGGAGCUUCCUCGUAUCACAGUAUGUCACGAUUAUAAGAUCAAAACUAAAUACUCCUACAAGUGCCUCGGCUGUGGAUACAGCGUCGGGAGACACUCAAAAUCACUAGACAUCGAGCACAAGCGUUGCGGUUACUGCUACGGCAAAUUCGAGCUGCUCGUCAACGUGAGAGAAACGACCGACAAGGACAGAAAGACGGGCACCAGGAAACGACCAGGCAACGACAAAGAGUCCGACACGGCAACGACAUCGACGAGCACGACACGUGCCGUGAGGGCGCCGACCGGGUUUGCGCUCUUUGUCAAGGAGAACUACGCCAAGGUGCGACAGGAGAACGACAAAUUGGCGCACAAGGACGUCAUGAAAGUGCUGAGUGAACGGUUUGCGAAGUUCAAGGUGACAAAACCGGUUGAUGUGGAUGAUGACGUCAUUUUUGUGGAGAGCUGAGGGUUGGAUGACAUCGAGGUUUUGAAGAUAGAUGAUGACGAGGUGAUAUCUGUAGAGAGGUGAGAGUUGGUUGGAGGUUAGAUUCGGGGUUCGAACACAGGUCACUUCAAUUAGAGUUGAGCUCAGUUUCGAAACAAAUUGGGGGUUUCUAUUUAAAAAUCUAAGGUGACGAAACCUGUUGUUGAUUUCUGUGGAAAUAUGAGAGUUGGUUGGAGGAUAGAUUCGGGGGUUCGAACACAGGACAGUUCAGUAAGAGAGUUGAGCUCAGUUUCAGAACAAAUUUGGGGUUUCAAUUUAAAAAAUCUGAUACAGGAUGAAAUCGGGCUACGAGGACAGUUCAGUUAGAGAGUCAAGCGCAGUUUUGGGGCGGUUUUGCAAAAUUGAAGUUUGAAAAAUCUCUCAUUAGGUAAACUGAGUCUAGUUUUGGAACAUAUUGGGGGUUAAAGAUUUGAAUUUCGGAAAUCAUACAGUGUUAGAGUUGAUCUCAGUUUUCGGACAGUUUUGCAAAAUUGAAGUUUGAAUAAUCUCACAGUGUGUAAACUGAGUUUAGUUUUGGAACGAAUUUGGGGGUUUCUUAUUGAAAAUUAUUGCUGGGUAAAAGAGUUGGAUCAGUUUUAAAGAUUUGAGUUUGGAAAUCGUUCAGUGUGAGAAUUAAGCUCCGUUUUCGGACAGUUUUGCAAAAUUGAAGUUUGAAAAAUCUCACAGUGUGUAAACUGAGUUUAGUUUUGGAACGAAAUGGGGGUUUCAGUUUGCAGAUAGUUUAGUGUGAGAGUUAUUGAGCUUAGUUUUGGGGCUGUUUUGUUGAAUUGAAGUGUGGAAAUCCUACAUUGUAGAAACUGCUAAAACAGUAGUAAUCAAUAUGAAAAGCUGAGUUUAUUUCGGAACAAAUUUGGGGUUUCAAAUUAUAGAAACUGCUAAAACAGUAAUAAUCAAUAUGAAAAGCUGAGGUUAUUUUCUGAGCAAACUCGGGGUUUCAAUUUGAAUAUCAUACAGAGUGAAAGGUGAGGAUAAUUUUGGAACAAAUUCGGGUUUCCAAUUUGAAAUUUGUAACGUGUUGGUCUGAGCUUAGCUUUGGAACAAAUUUGGGAGUUUCAAUUUGUAAAUUGUACAGUCUGAAAGCUUGGUUUAGUUCUGAAACAAAUUUGGGGUUUCAAUUUGAAAUUCGUAACGUUUUGAGCUGAGCUUAAUUUGGGAACACUUUUCUGUUUUGGAAAACAUUUAGUGUAAAAGCUGAGCUUUGCUUCGGAACAAAUAUGAAUUCUGGAAAAUCAUACUGUGUGUAAAUUUGUGUUGUCAACUAUUUAUUUUGUGUUUUUAAACCAUAUUUAUUUACUUAUAUCUUUUUUAACCCAUACUUGUACUCUCAUUGUAGCACUAUCAUUUGUCAAACUAUUUGUUUUUAAACUAUUUAUUAUAGUCUAUUUCGUGCAAAUACAUCAGUAUCACUACAUUUCUUGAGUGAAUAUUUACUCUUAUCAAAUACUGUACCGUGAUGCAGUUCUAAUAAUAUUUGUAUGGUUGAUAUCAUUGCUUUGAUAUAUUCUUGUCAAAAUCACUUUUUGAUUAAAUAAAUCAUUGUCCCCGUUAUUAUAAACUAUUCACUUUUCGUUUUUCAUAAAUUCAUUACUUUAUUCAUGAGCAUUCAUUGGGUUCAAACUCCGGUAGAAUGUUUGUCAAUUAAAUUUAACCAAUGUAAAAUUAUGUCACCUAACGGAAGAAAUUCCAGGAGAACCAAUGAACACAUUUAACGACUGUGCUAUCAUGUCAUUUUACAGCGGUUAAAUUAAGUAGACGAACAUGCAACCGGUGUUUUGUCAAACAAAUUGCCUUAAAUCAAGAGUUUGGAGAGAUAAUUCACCAGUGUUGACUCUAGAUAGACUUUGCUCUCGCUCUAAGGAAAUUAGAGUCACUGUAUCUCUAUAUGGUUUAUCUGAGACGAUUUAUUUGUGUACAAAAUUUCUUAGUAACCUUUUCCUGUGUUGUUCUCAACCCUCAGUUUAUCACAGUUUGGAGAAGCUCUACUCCAAACCCAUUGAAAAAAACCAUAGGAGGAAAGUAUAUUCGGUUUAUUUUUCAUGAAGCCUAUGAUUAUAAUCAUUGUAUUUAUCCUUAUGUACUCUACAUCACAUUCAUAUCACUUGGAUAUAAUAAUAAAUUAUAUUAAGUUACUUUAUAUAAUUUUAGAAAUUAUUUUAUGUUUCCUACUCAAAUUAAUGUUCACAAGAUAUCUAAUUGAAUGUAUAAGUGUUAAGACUUCUUUUUUAUUUUUCAACUGCUUUAAAGUAGGUGCACUACUCAAAUUGGUGUUCACAAGAGAUCUAAUUGAAUUUAUAAGUGUCAAGAGUUAUUUAUUAUUUUUCAACUGCCUCAAACAUAUAAUAUAGUAUAAUUCAUGACAUGUAAUUUAAAUUAUAGACCAUUAUAUAUCAACCUCCAUGUAUUUUACAAUAAUAGAUAUAAUUUUAUGUAUAAGUUGUAUUGACGUUCAGUAGUAUGCCUUUCAUUCAGUACUCGUACUAAAAUGUUUUCUUUGUUCAUCCAUAAAAUACUAAAGGGUUCUCCAGCAAAGGCUACACACCAAAUUAAUUUAUUAUAAAAAAUAAAUGCUGAUAUAGUAAAGCAACUACAGUGAACUUGACUAAUCUGUCAGAUAAACUUAACUGCAACCUUUUAUUGUCUUGACGUUUUUUUUAGUUUGUUGGCCAGAUUUUCCGCAUCUUAGAAGCAGGAUAAUAAUCAUCUUUUUAAGCAUGAGUUGAAUAUCUAAAUUGAUAAAUUUUCUGAUGAAUCCCUAUUUUUUCUGUUUCAUUUAGAUAGUCAAUUGGACGAUAUUUAUAGAUAUUGACUCAAAUUUAAUAAUCAAGCAUUAUUGGCAACUGUGAUAUACUGAAAACUAAAUCUAGGACUUUGUCAAACAGACCAUAAUUGACUUAGUAGAGAUUCUGUACUGUAUUUGACCAAUAUAUUCUCUUGAUGGUUAUUUAGUCUAAGGUUUGUUAUUGCUUAAAAAAUGUACAAAAUUGCUCUUAAUUUAAUAAUAAAUAUAUUCAUCAAG